GAGUUGCUGCCGGGGAAGUAUCUGCCCACACUGACUCACUGCUUCAUCCGCCUGCUGGAAGAAAAGGGACUGCUACAAAGGCUGUUCACUCAGAACAUAGAUGGCCUGGAACGUGUUUGUGGCAUUUCCCCGGAGCUUCUGGUGGAGGCCCAUGGGUCCUUUGCCAAUGCCCACUGUGUGGAGUGCCGUCAGCAGCACGACGUGCUUCGCUGGGCGAUACCGAAGCCGCCCGCGAAGCCAACAGAUACCGAGAUGGAGGAGGCAGGUCUGGGUGCUGCUGCAGUGACUACAACUGUGGACACGCGGCUGGAGGAAGAAGCCCUUCAUAAUCUUAUGGAGAAGGUUCUGGGACAGCCCGCCUAUGGUAUUGGAUCGGUCAACUUGUCGGAAAGGUGGGUUGAUUUGGUGAAGACAGGCAAAGUGGUCGCCAAGGUCACGAUUCCCUCUGACAACGAUCCAUCACAGGACAUUUCCGUGGAGUACGGCGUUCGACUGGCUACAACGACGCGAGCUGUCGCCAGUGCAAGCGAUGAGCUUUGCUUCGAAGAGUUUGUUCAGCAAUCCGAUCUCCCAGUGGGGCAGUUACCAGCUCCGUCGGAACUCGUCCGAAGCGUGAAUGAGACGCUCUCCCAACUGUCGGCCGCGGGUCCGUCAGUGAAGUUUGCUAGAAAUGGAGACUUCACCGCCCAAUUACAGCUGGUCCGAACUCUGCGGCCAGCGCCAUCGCCGGGAUUUGCGGAGCCCACUUCUUCCAUUCCACCUCGCUAUGACUCGACGACGGACUCUUUCGUAACCGGACCAUUGCGACUGGAACUGCGGCCCCUGGUAGCAACCGUUUUCAAAGAUGGCAGCCUGACCACACCAUGGGACAUCUUCCACAAUGUUAGCCCCGCCGACACUCGAGGCCAUUUUCUUCUUUUGCCCACUCUGUCAGAUCCCGACAAGAACUUGAGAGGCCAGAUCUUUGAGUCUUCCGACUGCCAAGAUAUGGUGCAUUUGACGAGUAGCAUCGAACCUCCUGGUGCUUUGUUCUUGGGCUUCAACAGCGCAGGUGCUGGGGCGAGUCAGAACCACAUUCAUUGCCACGCUUGGCCUUCGCCGCCUGUCUCCCUUUUGCAGGAGGAAGCGGCAGGUAUCACAGCAGCAAAGGACGAGAACCAGCAGGAUGUUGAAAGAACUAAUGGGUGGGACUCUUAUGCAGCAACUAAAGUUGGAGUUCUGCGCGAUAUCUAUGACCUCACUGAAAAACGGGUGGAAGUGUCAUAUCUGAAGUACCCGGUCUUUUGUGUCCAACUGUGCGCAGUGGAAGCGGAACUGGAUCUACUGGGGCAAGCCCUGAAGGUAACUCUUGAUGCCGUCGGUGGAGCUCCAUUCAAUAUCGGAUUUCUCAAUCGUCUGGAAGAGCCGUUGCUCGACGAAGGAGAGGCACUGGACAAAGCUCCGGUCAGAUACGUGGAUGUCUUUGUCUUCGCUCGUUCAAAGGAGCGCUCCAAGGCCAUUCCCUCCCUGAAGAUGGGCAUCAGCGAGAUGAUGGGAGUCUUUCAUGCGCACAGCGCCGAAGAGCUGGAGCUGCUUGCUUCAGAAUUGUCCGAGGCUUCCGAAGUUGGGCAGGGUGGUCACAUGGUGCAAGCUCUGGAAGAGGUCUCUUUUCAGGAUUCUGAGGCUCUUUGGAAGUCGAUCAAACAGAACCUGGCCGAUCUGGACCGACAAGUCCGGGCCGUGCCAAAGGAGCGAUCCGCGAGCACCAGCGUUGGACAAGAGUGGUCAUUGCAAGGCUCGACGAAAAGGACAAUCGGCGCAUGA